AAUUUGAUUAUUUAGAGCCUUAGCUCUAUAUAAACUUUUCCCCUUCUGUUUGUGCUUUGGGUCUCAAUAUUUGGAUAUCUAGUACUUACUCUCUCUAUGCAUACAGCUCCAUGGUUCCAGCCAUGUUGAGGAAUCCCUCUUUAACUUUCACAAGCCUAUGCCAUUUCAGAGUUCAGUUUCUCUCUCUAAAUUUCCCUACUUGGAGACGAUCCCAUUGCUCGCUGCAUUUCCUGUCACCCUCUAUUCACAAAUACUCAAUACCCAAUUGCGCUUUCAGAUUCAGUAACAAAAUAAUGGUGGGGAGUCCAAGGCUCAAUCCUAGAGUUGCUUUCAGUGCUGGGAAGUUUGAAGGACAGAAUAAGGAAAUACUUGUGCAACACUUGCUUGUGGGUGAACAAAACCUCGAACUUCUUCUUGAGCUUCAAAAGAGGAUAGCUGGAGGAGAGGAUUUGAGUGAUUUGGCAGUUGAAUUCUCCAUUUGUCCAUCAAAAGAAGAGGGGGGAAUGCUUGGGUGGGUUCAAAAGGGACAAAUGGUGCCAAAGUUUGAGGAGGCUGCAUUCAGUGCACCCCUUAAUAAAGUAGUUAGAUGCAAAACAGAUUUUGGUUGGCACUUGUUGCAAGUGUUAUCUGAGAGGGAAGGAUCCCUGCUUCAAGACAUUGGGCCUGAGGAAUUUCAUCUGAAAAUGGAAGAACAAGAUUUCAUUGAUGAAGCUCAGCUAUUGGAUGUUCGAGAACCUGAUGAAGUAGCUCAAGCUUCCUUGCCAGGUUUUAAAGUCCUUCCACUUCGCCAAUUUGGAAAUUGGGGCCCAGAGAUAACAAAUGAGUUUGAUCCCAACAAGGAUACUUAUGUUCUUUGUCACCAUGGGGUAAGGUCUCUACAAGUUGCAAAAUGGUUGCAAUCACAGGGUUUUAAGAGAGUAUUCAACAUAGCAGGGGGCAUACAUGCAUAUGCUGUUAAAGCUGAUGCCUCUGUACCAACCUACUAAGAUAUUAUUGGCAGAAACAGUGGACAGAGUGACUGAGCAGAUGGGCUUGCAGUUUUGCAUAGUGAAUGGUUCAACCGUUACAUAUUUGAGUGAACAGUUCACUCUCGGAGCAUGUUUUGUUCCUAGGAUCGGAAAGCACUGCAGAUGCUGGUUUUUGAUAUGUGGCAUGUAAUACAAGUAGUUUCACUGCCUUUUUUUUAACUUAAUAUGGAAAAGAAUGCAGAAUAAAUUGUGCAUAGUUUAGUGAGAUCAACUUCUUUAUUUCUCUUUGAAUUGGAGAAAGAAAGAAUUCACUCCA